AUGGCGACGAGACUGAAAAAACUAGCGGUGGCAGGAGUGGCUGGAACAGUAGGAGCUGGUCUCGUGACCCAUUUCCUUCUGAAAGAAGACAAAAACUGGCCGUUGACCGUGAAAGCGGAUAAACCAUCAUUGAAACCGAAACGAGUACUGCCGACAAGAGACGAACAAAUAAAAUCUUUGCAAUCGGAAAAAUUCGAUGUUGUCGUCAUAGGCGGGGGCGCCACUGGGGCAGGGUGCGCCCUGGAUGCCGCUACAAGAGGCCUGAAGACUGCUCUCAUCGAAGCCGAUGAUUUCGCCAGCGGUACUUCCAGUCGCAGCACCAAGCUCAUCCACGGCGGAGUCAGGUACUUGCAGAAGGCCAUCAUGCAGCUGGACUACGAACAGUACAGAAUGGUGAAAGAGGCCUUGCACGAGCGGUCGGCCAUGUUGAAUCAAGCGCCGCAUCUCGCGCAUCCCCUACCCAUAAUGCUGCCGGUGUACCAAUGGUGGCAAGUACCUUAUUUCUGGUUCGGCAUCAAAAUGUAUGAUAUAGUAGCAGGUGCCAAGACCUUGAAAAAUUCGUAUUUCUUGUCGAAGAAAAAUGCUCUUGAGCUCUUUCCCAUGCUGAGAGGUGACAAACUUUGUGGCGGAAUAGUCUAUUAUGAUGGACAACAAGAUGACGCUCGCAUGAACCUCGCCAUAGCUUUGACGGCGACCCGUCACGGCGCCACCAUCGCCAAUCACGUGAGCGUCACUGGUUUGAUCAAAGAGAAAAAAGACGGCAAAGACGUCAUCACCGGUGUGAACGUCAAAGACGAACUGACGGGAAAGAGUUGGAGCGUGCCUGCCAAGUGCGUCAUCAACGCUACCGGGCCUUUCACCGAUAGCAUAAGGAAGAUGGACGAUCCCAAGGUCAGAGAGAUAUGCUCGCCCAGUAGCGGGGUCCACAUCACAUUACCAGGGUAUUAUAGUCCAGAGCAAAUGGGCCUCUUAGAUCCAGCCACCAGCGACGGUAGGGUGAUAUUUUUCCUGCCCUGGCAAAAACACACCAUCGCCGGUACUACGGAUCUACCCUGCCAAGUCACACACAACCCCAAACCCACCGAAGACGAAAUCAUGUUCAUCCUCGAGGAAGUCAAAAAUUAUCUCAACCCUGACGUAGAAGUGAGGAGAGGAGACGUUCUGUCAGCAUGGAGCGGUAUAAGGCCGUUAGUGUCCGAUCCCAACAAGCCCGAUACUCAGUCGUUAGCUAGGAAUCAUAUAGUGCACGUUAGUGAUGCGGGUUUGGUCACCAUAGCUGGUGGAAAAUGGACGACCUACAGAUCGAUGGCCUCCGAGACAAUCGACGCUGCAAUCGAAGCUUGUAAGUUGACUCCUUCUUAUGCUCGAAGCCAAACAGAUGGUAUUCUUCUCAUCGGAGCGACAGAUUGGACACCGACGAUGUACAUCCGUUUGGUCCAAGAUUUUGGACUAGAGUGCGAAGUAGCUCAGCAUCUGUCGAAAUCCUACGGUGACAGAGCGUUCGCUGUGGCCAAAAUGGCAUCUCUUACAGGUAAGAGAUGGCCCAUUAUUGGUAAGAAACUCCAUCCAGAAUUUCCGUACAUCGACGCAGAAGUCAGGUACGGGGUCAGAGAGUACGCUAUCACGGCCAUCGACAUGAUAGCCAGACGAUUGAGGUUAGCUUUCUUGAACGUCCAAGCGGCUCAAGAAGCUUUGCCAGACAUCGUCGCCAUCAUGGCAGAAGAACUGGGUUGGUCAGAAGAUGAGAAAAAGAGGCAGAUGAAACUAGCCACGGAGUUCCUGCAAAACGAGAUGGGACAAAGCGUAAACAGAGCCAGCAGAGACAAAAUACCGAUAAAUCUCAGUAAAGAGGAGAUCCAACUAUACAUCAAGAGGUUCCAGAUCAUCGACAAAGAUCGCAAGGGAUACGUUUCUAUCAAUGAUAUCAGGAGAAGUCUCAAGGCCUUGGGCAUAAAGCUCGACGACAACGAGAUCCACACGCUCCUCAACGACAUCAACGCCACCUACAACGGACAAAUGGAACUGUCCGACUAUCUGCAACAACACGGCGAGAAAGAGGUGGCCGGUGAGGAGCUGCACGAGAUCCUCAAAGAGAUCGACACUAACAUGAACGGUCAAGUUGAGCUCGACGAGUAUUUGCAGAUGAUGUCGGCUAUCAAGUCUGGUCACGUGACUUAUUCGAGAUUCGCCAGGAUGGCGGAAUUGGAGGAGAUCAAACACGAAUCGGAAAUGUUGAAGAAGAAAAUUACCGUGGAACGCAGCGGAGGUGGAUUGUGA